CUUGUCAUGAUGGAGGUGAAGGUGGUGGAGAACAUCUACCUGCUGGUGCUGGUCACCCUCCUCAGCGUACUGCAGAACGCUUUCUUUGCCCUGAAGGUGGAGAAGGAAUGUAAGAUCCACAACACCCACACCUCUGCCUUCGAGAGAGUGUCCUGUGCCAGCCGCAACUGCAUGGACGCCUACGCCACUUUCCUGGCCGUCAUGUGGUGUGCCGGCCUUUGUCUGAGCCAAGCUCCUGCUGCCUUCGCUGGUCUGAUCUACGUGGUGGUCCGACACAAGUACUUUGUGGGCUACAUGGGGCAGAGCUGCCAGAGCACGCCAGGUUUCCUGUUUGGCAAACGCGUCCUGUUCUUCCUGCUGCUGAUGUCCAUGGUGGGCAUCGUCAACUACCUGCUGGUGUGUGUGUGCGACGACAACAACUACACGGGCUACUUGGAGACCAUCACCAAGGCUGCCUCCGCCCUGCUGCUCAUCCCGUGAAGCCUCAGACUAAAACGCUUCUUUUUCCUCAUUUUUAUUACAAAUACAUUUAGUCUGGUAUAAAAAUAAACAUUUGCUCGAGCUCCUUCUUGGCUUCUCCACCUCGCUUCACUCCGCCUGGAAGGUCUUCUGCGAAAAGUGGUCUCUGUGUAAAAAAAACAAAAAAACAACGGCGCCCCCUUCAGGUCAGUCUCAGCUGUGGAGAAGCAGAGAGGAGACGUAAGACAGCAGGACGAGGAUUUAUGGGAUUGCAGAGAUCACUUUUUGUCUUUUCGUCAAAGGUUACUCUCCAAAUGGGUUUCUUUUGUGAUUGAUGCUGUAUUACUGCCUACCAUAACAUUCCUGUUAGUCUGUUUUUGGCUCAUCAUCCCUCCUCUCUCCUCACAUUCCCAAUGCAAAAUAAAGUUCUG